GAUAGGUCCGAGCAACAGGUUUGGUGUCACCUUUCCCAGUUCUACAGAGCUUGAACUUUUUUUCCCAAGUCUUAACUCUAGAGGCAGCCAGAGCGCCCUCUAGUUGAAAUGUUAGGGUUCCUAAAGCCCGACGUCCCUACCCUCUUCCUCCCCGGCCCCCGCGGUGGCGCUUUCUGAAAAAUCCUGCCUUCAUCAUGGACCCCGAAUGCUCCCGCCUUCUCCCUGCUCUCUGUGCUGUUCUGGCAGAUCCCAGCCAGGCGGUGGCAGAUGACACCUGUUUGGAGAAGCUGCUGGACUGGUUUAAAACGGUGACCGAGGCUGGGUCCAGCCUGCUGCUGUUGCAGGAGAACCCAUGCCUGGUGGACCUGCUGUCCCAUGUGCUGGACCUGAAGCCACAGGAUGUGAGCCCCAGGGUCCUCUCCUUUUCCCUGUGCCUGGCCGGAACAUUUGCAGCCCAGGAAGACUGCUUCGAGUACCUCCAACAGGGGCAGUUGUUGCUGGGACUCUUUGGGGAGGCAGGCCCCCUCAGCUGGGCUGCCUGGAGCGUCCCUACUGUCCGCAGUGGUUGGAUUCGAGGCCUGCGAUCCCUGGCACAGCACCCCAGUGGCCUGCAUUUCCUGGGCAACAGCGGUGCGGUCGAUGCCCUCUUCUCCCUGCAGGGAGACUCCAGCCUGUUUGUGGCCUCUGCUGCCAGUCAGCUCCUGGUGCAUGUCCUGGCUUUGUCCAUGCAAGGCAAGGCCGCGGGGUCCCCCAGUUCACAGGGCAACGCCUGGCCUGCAUGUGCCCAGAAGAUUGUGGACCAUGUAGAAGCGUGCUUGUGUUCCACAGCUGCCCCGCAAGUCACUCAGGCCUUGAACGUCCUCACCACCACCUUUGGGCGCUGCCACAGCCCCUGGACAGAGGUCCUCUGGGGGCAGCUGAGUCCCCUGGUAGCCCACCUGCUGGAGAGUGACCCCAUCCCAGCUGCACACUCACUGGUGGACCUCCUCCUCAGUGUGGCCCGCUCUCCCGUGUUUGCUUCUGCAGACUGUGGUCUGUGGGAGACUAUGGCCCGGAUGCUGAGCUGCCUGAGCCCCACUCAAGCUGGAUCUCUGGCCUUAGGAAUCCUGAAACUUCAGCACUGUCCACAGGCACUGAGAUCCCAGGCCUUUAGGGUCCUCCUCCAGCCCCUGGUCUGUAUCCUGAGAGCCACUACUCAGGCUCCUGGACCCCCAGGCUUGCUGGAUGAGACCAGUGCGGGUAGCUCCAUGAUGGUAGACACGCUCCUGUCCUCCAAGUCGGCCUGUGUGGGGCUCCUGUGCCAGACUCUGGCCCAUCUGGAAGAGCUACAGCCACUGCCUCAGCGCCCCUCGCCCUGGCCCCAGACACUCCUGGUGGAAGCUGCAGUGAUCAUCCUGCAGCUCUGUGAUGGCUCAGCAGUCCCCAGCUCCAGUGAGGGAGGCCGUCUUUGUGGAGCCCUGGCAGGCUGCAGUCGAGUCCAGCGAGCAGCCCUUGACUUCCUAGGGACACUGUCUCAGGGAAUAAGCUCCCGGGAGCUGAUGCCGCAGGUGUUUGCUGUCCUCUUGGAGACCCUCGAGAGCCCCGCCUCCAGCCCAAUGGUUCUGAAGAAGGCCUUUCAGGCCACCCUCAGGUGGCUUCUGGACUUACCCUCACCCUCCAGCUGUUUGGACCUUGGCCCACAUGCCCCCUUGUUCCUCAGAGAGCUAUUCCCUGUGCUGCAGAAGCGCUUGUGCAGCCCCUGCUGGGAGGUGAGGGACUCGGCCCUGGAGUUCCUGACACAUCUGACUGCCUGCUGGGGAGGAGAGGCUGACUUCAGGGAAGCGCUCCUUGCUUCUGAGGUACCCAAGCUUACCUGGCAGCUCCUCCGAGACCCUGAGAGCUACGUUCGUGCAAGUGCUGUGACUGCCAUGGGGCAGCUCUCCAGCCAGGGCCUGGAAGCUGUCUCCGAAAGCCCUGGGCAUCCAGAAGUCCAGCAGGGCCUGAUAGGGGAGCUCCUGCAUAUCCUGUCUAUGGACUCAGAGGGCUUCCCGCGAAGGGCAGUUGUCCGAGUCUUCACUGAGUGGCUGAGGGACAGCCAUGCAGAUGUGGCCCGGGACACAGAAUGGUUUGUAGCUACUGUUCUCCAGAUGGUGAGCCAGGACCUGGACUGGGAAGUCCGGGCACAGGGUCUGGAGCUGGUGCGGGUGUUCCUGGUGCAGACACUGGGGCAGCCCAAUCCCCACUGUCCCUAUGCGGUAACCCUGCCUAAGGUCACCCCACCUGGCCCACUCCCUGAGGUGCUGCGGACUCUCUGCCAGCUGCAAAUCAUUGACUUUGCCUUUCGUGCUUUGUUCGACUGUGAUCGACCUGUGGCCCAAAAGGCUUGUGACCUUCUUCUCUUUCUGAGGGAGAAGACUGCUCCCUGUAGUGGCCUGCAGGAGCCUGGGAACAGCUCUGAUGUGACAUCUGUGGAGGCCACGCUACACAGGUGGCAGGCAGGCGAGCAGAGCCAGCCCCUGGGCAAUCUGGAGCCUGAGGAGUUGCUGGCUGCUUUGAGGUCCCUGGACCUGGAGGGCUUCCAGGGCAGGCUGGCUGAGAGCAGCGACCACGUGGAGAAGAGCCCACAGUCACUCCUGCAAGACAUGCUGGCCACGGUGGCUGUGCUGGAGGAGAAUGUGGCUGACUGCUACUGAGGCCAUGAUGUGCCUGUGGUUCCGACCAGGACUGGCUUCACAAGGGAACCCCCAACAGAUUAGAAAACCCCAUGUUUUGAUGAACUAUUAAAAGAAAUAGCUCAUUUUCUACGUAAAACAUUCCAAGACAAUUUUACCUGUGGCUUAAGCCCAAGUUCCAGUUCUGUUCUGCUCGUGGCUGUCAGCUGUCCCUCCUUCCCAUUGAGCAGAGCCUUCCUCUCCUGCCCCUGUGUGCUCCGUGUGCCCCUUGGUGGAUCUGUGACCCCUCAGAGAGGGGGCUCCCUGCCUGCCCCUGCUCCAUGUGUGUUUCUUCAUCCCACAUUGAUGCAGUGCUCGCUCUGUAGUGGACAGUGACAGCAGGCAGCAUGAUGCCUGCAGCUUCUGCUCUCCUUCCUCUGAAUUGCUUUGUUACUUGCAGUCUUUCAUAGUGCAUAUGCCCCAAAUGAACUUUGGGAUUGCUUUUUCUGUUGUUGUUAAAAUGCAUUGUUUGAGGGCUAGGGAUUUAGCUCAGUGGCAUAAAUGCCUGCCCUGCAAGCACGAGGUCAUAAGUUCGAUCCCUGGUACCAAAAAAUUUUAUGUAUAUAUAUAGUUUGAGAUUUUGGUAGAAAUGCAUUGAGUCUGUGGGACACUGGGGAGUGUGGCCAUUUUGACACUUACUGAUCUCAACCCUGGAACUCGGGGCAUUUUUAAUAUAUUUGGGUCAUGUUGGUUUCCUUCACCCCUAUCUCAGCAUUUUCAUCUUCUUAAAUUUAUUCCUAAUACUUUAUUCUGUUUUCUUUUUCUUUGUGUGUUUGUGUGUGUUACUGGGGAUUGAAAUCGGUGCUCUACCACUGUGAUACAUCCUCAGCCCUUUUUAUUUUAAGACAGAAUCUUGUUAAGCUGGCUGGGCCGACUUGAGAUCUUCUACCUCAGUCUCCAAAGUAAGUGAGGUUACAGACAUGCACUACUAUGUUCUGUUUUAUUCUAAGUGGAAUACUUUUUCUUAAUUAUAUGUUUUUAGCUCCAUAAUAGUAAAAUUGUUAUUUCAAUUUUUAUUGAUAUAUGUUUGCAGUACAUAAUGGUUACAUCCACUGUGGGGAGUUGGUACAUAUACAUAACAUACCUUAGUUCUUUUUACUUCUAUCUCUUUGGUUGAAAUGGAAUCUUUUUUAUUUCUUUUUUCAGAGAAUUUGUCAUAGGUGUGUAGAAACAUUUCUGAUCUUUCUACAUUGAUUUUUUUUUUUUUUUUUUUUUUUGUCCCACAAAUUUCCUGAAUUCAUUUAUCCUAUCAGUCUUGUGGUGGAGUCUUCAGGAUUUUCUGUAUAGAAAAUCAUGUCAUCUGUGAACAGAAAAUUUUAUUAUUCUCUUCUCUGGUUUGAUGUUGUUUGUAUUUUCUUUUUAGUCACUCUCGCUGUGAUUUCUGCACUCAUGGUACAGAAGUGGUGUGAGUGGGUACCCUUCCUUGACCUGAUCUCAUAUGAAAACUUUCAGUUUUUUACUGUGAAGUAUGAUGUUAGUUAUGGGCUUGGCCUUAAGGACAUUGAGUAUACUUUUAUACCUAGUUUGUUGAUUUUUUUAUUGCGUUGAUUGUCCAGUGCUUUUUCUGCAUCUGCUGAAAGGAUUAUGUAAUUUUUAGUCAUUCACUUCAUGUGUAUCACAUUUAUUGAUUUAUAUGUAUUGAACUGUCCUUGCUCUGAGAAAUAAAUUCCACUUGAUCAUUCCCAUGA